GAUACAGGGACCCCAGCACCCAGAGGAUGGAGGAACACGGAGGAGCCACAGUCCCCAGCGAUGACUAGAAAGACUCGGAUCUCGUUUGUCAACAUCAACUCCUUGUGUUGGACUCAGUGGAAAUAUUUUUUUUAUUUCUCACUAAUGGAAAAAAGGCCCAGAGUAUAAAAUGGGACAUAGACUGGAGUUAAUGGUGCUUUUUGUUUUGAUGACACCAGUUUCUUGUGUCGCCCUGAGCACUGAGGAGUUCACGGAGGCAGUGGCGUAUUUAAGGAGUUAUGGAUAUCUGCACAUCCCACUGGACAGUAAAGGACAAAACCCUCCACCUGCGGCAAUAUCUGAAGCAGCAAGAAUCUUUCAGAAAGUGACAAACUUGCGAAUAUCAGGAACGUUAGAUUCAGCCACACUGGCGAUGAUGAACAAACCUCGAUGUGGUCUGCAGGACUCUUUCAAUAACAAGUCCCUCAGAUACAGAACCAUGGGUCACUGGCGUAAGAAGAUGUUGACCUACCGCAUCUUUAACUACACCCCCCACUUGGGUCAGGGAAAGACCCGGUUGGCCAUCUUCAAUGCCUUUAAGUACUGGAGUGACGUGUCACCGCUGCGGUUCAAGGAGACGCAACAGGGAAGAGCGGACAUCAAAUUCUCCUUUCACAGAAAAGACAAAACAUGUCCAGUUCCCUUUGAUGGACGAGGCCACGUUCUAGCCCACGCUGAUGCUCCCCAGUCGGGCAUCGUCCACUUUGACGAAGACGAGCUGUGGACAGAAGGGAGGAGCUACGGCUCCAACCUGAUGAUCGUCGCAGUCCACGAGAUCGGCCACGCUCUCGGCCUGGGCCACUCACAACACUCCAAUGCAGUCAUGGGACCUGUGUACAACGGGUACCGCUCAGACUUCAAGCUGCAUCCAGACGAUAUACGAGGGAUCCAAGCCUUAUAUGGAAAAGCUGUGACUAUUCCUCCGCCCAGAAAACCAAGUCAGCCGGCACCAGGGGGAGUUGCAGAUCCUUGCAAAGCCACAUUGGAUGCGGUCAUGUUGGGUCCUUCACAUAAGACGUAUGUUUUCAGUGGACAGUACAUGUGGACAGUGUCCAGCUCUGGCCACAGCUCUCCAAUGCUGAUCUCAGCGCUGUGGAAGGAGCUUCCAGGGAGCCUCAAUGCAGCUGUUCACUCUCAGCGGACUGGAAAGUCCUAUUUUCUGAAAGACGACAAAGUGUGGAGAUACACGGGGUUCAAACUGGACCCCGCUUUCCCCAGACGCUUGGUCAAUAUCCCUGCAAAGAUCGACUCGGCCUUGUACUUCAAAAAGAACAAGAAAUUGAUAUUUUUCAAAGGAUCUGGAUACUGGCUGUGGGAUGAAAUUGGUCCGACAGACUUCAGGUCAUAUCCCAAACCCAUCAGCCACCUCUUCCACGGAGCACCCAGCAGCACCGAUGCUGCGCUUACGUGGACAAACGGACAUAUAUACUUAUUUAAAGGCUCUCAGUACUGGCGUGUCAACCAGAACCACCAAACAGUGGAGAAGGGCUAUCCUCAGAACACCGCCGCAAACUGGAUGCAGUGUGACGACUGAGCCACUAGAGGCCAGCGAGGAGUCAACACAACAGUGUAAGAACAGUGGAAGAAGCUUCUUUAUUCUGAGGCUGACAAACGCUUUGGAAAUGUUCCUCACACUGUGAGAAUCUCUUGUGUGAGGAAUGAGAGAGUUAUUACGAUAAUUGUUAUUAAUUUAAGGACAAUUCAGGAAUUCAUGUCAUGAACUUCGACAAAAGAAUAAAUAUUUGCAUAAUGUGAUGUUGUGUUUUUCCGUGGCAAUAAGACAUGAAUAUGUGAAAAGUAUCUAUUAACAGACAUGAAAUGAAUAAAGACAAUUUAAGACUU